AUGAGACCCACCACCCUCCUGGCACUGCUGAUUCUGGUGCUCCUCUACCUGGUGUCAGGAGCCCUCGUGUUCAGGGCAUUGGAACUGCCAAAGGAACAGCAAACUCAAAUGAGUUUGGAACACACCCGAGAAAAGUUCCUUCAGGCACACCCUUGCGUUAACCUGACGACGCUGCAGGCUCUUAUAGAGCAGGUGGCCAGUGACCUGGCUAUGGGUGCAGAUCCUGGGGACUACUUCACCAACAUCUCCCGCUCAGCCUGGAACCUGGGCAGUGCCUUCUUCUUCGCUGGCACCAUUGUCACCACCAUUGGCUAUGGGAACAUGGUCCUGCUCACGGACGAGGCGCGCCUUUUCUGCAUCUUCUAUGCUCUGGUGGGGAUCCCACUGUUUGGGAUCCUGUUAGCAGGGGUUGGUGACAAGCUGGGCUCCACCCUGCGCCGGGGCAUUGGCCACGUGGAAACCAUCUUCUUGAAGUGGAAGGUCCAACCCGCUGCAGUGCGUUCCCUCUCAGCGCUGCUCUUCCUCCUGGUGGGCUGUCUUCUCUUUGUUUUGGUGCCCAUGUUCGUGUUCUGCUACAUCGAGGACUGGACUACACUGGAGGCCCUGUACUUCAUCAUCAUCACACUCACCACCGUGGGCUUUGGGGACUACGUGGCCGGCUCAAACUCUGAGCAGGAGUUCCUGGGCUACCAGCCCAUUGUCUGGUUCUGGAUUCUGAUGGGCCUUGCUUACUUCGCCUCCAUCCUUACCAUGAUCGGGAACUGGCUCCGGGUUGUGUCACGCCGCACUCGGGCUGAGAUGGGCGGCCUUACUGCUCAAGCAGCCAGCUGGACUGGCGGUGUGACAGCGCGGAUGACUCACCGGCCUCCAUUGCCGGAGAAGCCCAGCCCCGGACCACCCCAGGAGACCCCUGCCAAGCUUGGGCCACCGCUGCAGAGCCAGGAGAAGGUGGUGGCACCUUCUUCGCCGCUCACAACCUCUGUUUCUGCGCCCUUGGAUUACCCUGGAGAGAACUUCGCUUUCAUAGAUGAGUCCUCGGACACGCAGAGCGAUCGGGGUGAUGCCCUCCCCCGCGGUCGCCGAGUGGGCCUCAAACAGCCCAGGAAACCUGCCCGGCCCCGGGACUCCGGCCGCCCGCGAAACAAUUAGGAGCUCACAUAGUCCGGGGCUGGUCAUGGGGAGGACUGGCCGGCACUGCCCUCUCUCCAAGGACCCUUGCUUGAGGCUUCCCGCCUUUGCCCCUGCUCCCCUCUCCAUCCUCCCGGUUUUCGUUCAGCCAAAGAGCUUCCAUUUCCUAUGGGUGCAUCCUGGGAACCGGGGUUCCUGCUUCUGGCUCCUCCUCCUCAAAAAGCUUCCCUGCCUAUCUCCUCUCCCUAAGACCCCACGUCUGUGCUUCCUAGCCUGGCUCAAUAAAAGAGAAGACUUCUGGCCGC